UUUGCUUGCGGGACGCGGCGAAGCUCGGAGAUCCGAAAUGUCGAUGAAGGGGCCGCCGGGCGCGUUGAUGGCGUCGGUGCUUGCCGCGUCCACGGUGGCUCUCGCCAGCGCCUCUGGAGACCAGAGCGACGCGUUCCGUCCGUGCUCCAAUAAUUCGAACGAGGGGCGUGCUCCGUCGCCGUCGUCGGAAGCGAGGGCAGGGGCGCAGAGCUCAACGGAGGAUGCGUUCGCGCCGAGAUUCGACGGGUUGAAAUUCGUCGAGACGCUGGUGACCGCGCACAGAUAGAUGUCGGGGAUAGACAAAACAAUGAUUUCGAAAGAUGUGAUUUUUAUCACGGCCGACGAUGGAAUGUAAUCUCGUUCUGGGUUCUUUGAGAAAAGACCUACAGUUUCUCUU